AUCCAAGAUCGCUCCUCCCUAUCCCCAAACCUCACCAACCCUCCCAUGGCUGCAAAACCGCCGCCCGACGCCGCCGCCGUCGCCUCGCCGCCGCCGCCGCCGAAAGAGCCAGAGCUCCCCAUCACAACCGCCGCAACCAAAACAAGAACCAAGACCAAAAAGCUGACCCUAAUCCCUCUCAUCUUCCUCAUCUACUUCGAAGUCGCCGGCGGCCCGUACGGCGAAGAGCCGGCGGUGCAGGCGGCGGGGCCGCUCCUCGCCAUCAUCGGAUUCCUCGUCUUCCCCUUCAUUUGGAGCAUACCAGAAGCCCUAAUCACCGCCGAACUCUCCACCGCCUUCCCCGGCAACGGCGGAUUCGUGGUGUGGGCCGACCGGGCCUUCGGGCCCUUCUUCGGGUCGCUAAUGGGAACCUGGAAGUUCCUCAGCGGUGUCAUCAACAUCGCCGCCUUCCCGGCGCUCUGCAUCAACUACCUCAAACGAAUCUUUCCGAUCUUCGGCUCCGGCCUCCCCCGCAACCUCGCGAUCCUGAUUUCGACUGUGGCGCUCGCGUUUCUCAAUUUCACAGGCCUCACGAUCGUCGGGUACGUCGCCGUCGGAUUAGGGAUUGUAUCCCUCGCCCCUUUCGUUCUAAUGUCUGUAAUCGCAAUUCCGCAAAUUCGUCCCCAUCGCUGGAUCAGCUUAGGGCAGAAGGGGGUGAAGAAGGACUGGAAUCUGUUCUUCAAUACUCUCUUCUGGAAUCUGAAUUUUUGGGAUAAUGUCAGUACUCUCGCCGGAGAAGUCGAAAAUCCGAAGAAAUCGUUUCCGUUAGGGCUUCUUUGCGCAGUGAUUUUUACUUGUUUGGGGUAUUUAAUUCCUCUUAUCGCAGUGACCGGCGCUGUGGUGGUCGAUCAGAGCAAGUGGGAGGCAGGAUUCAUGGCGGACGCCGCGAGGACAAUCUCCGGCGACUGGCUGAAAUACUGGGUAGAAAUCGGCGCCGUACUUUCGUCGAUCGGUCUAUUCGAAGCGCAAUUGAGCAGCUGCGCGUACCAGGUGUUGGGAAUGGCCGAAUUAGGGCUUCUUCCGAAGUUCUUCGGGCGGCGGUCGCGGUGGUUCAACACCCCCUGGGUGGGGAUCGGGGCGUCGACGGCGAUAGCGCUGGGGAUGUCGUACCUGAGCUACACAGACAUCGUGUCGUCGACGAAUUUUCUCUACAGUUUAGGGAUGCUUCUGGAGUUCGCUUCAUUUCUAUGGCUGCGGAAGAAAUGGCCGCAGCUGAAGCGGCCGUACAAAGUGCCGCUGCCGUUGCCGGCGCUGGUGGUUCUGUGCGUGGUUCCGGCGGGGUUUCUGGUGUACAUAAUGGCGAUCGCCACGAAGGCGGUGUUCAUGGUGAGUGGGGUGAUGACCGCCGCCGGAAUCGGAUGGUUUUUGCUGAUGAAGCUCUGCAGAUCCAAAGGAUGGCUUGAGUUUCAGAGGGUUGAGCGCCAUGAGGAAGAAGACAGCUAGCGGUACCUGUCACUGUCCAGUCAUUUAUUUUCUUUUUCUUUUUCUUUUUUCUCUUGGGUCUUUCUUGAGAGCAGCCAGGACUUCCGGCGCCUUGGGUUUGUAAAGCCACUCUGGCGUUGAGGUCCAUGGAUCUCAUAAACUUGAUCAUCUUGUUAAUCCCAAUACUUCAUCCGUCUCAAACAUUACGCAAUAUUAUUUUUUUGGUACGUUUCAAAAUAU